UUCUCUGCGGUAAUUGUUUGUACACACUUUGCACAAACUUUGCGCACACUCAACGUUCAAGUUUUUAAAAGAAGUAAGAACAAAGAAUUUAAAGUCAUAGUCUCUUCUAGUUGAUAACGCCUCGAAUAUCAAGCCAAGAUGGAUUAUCUCGACCUUGGCUCCUCCGAUUCAGACGAGGAGGAUAUUUCUCGUGGUGAAGCUGGUGGUGCCAUGGACAGCGACGAAGAAGAACGGAUCGAUAACAAUCGAAUUUUGAAAAUGUUAAGCCUUAAAUCCGCACAAACUUCGAAUUCGAAAAGUGCCCAGAAAAUGUUGGACUUUGAAGCAGAGAUGGAGGCCGAACUGGAUCGGAGAGCGUCCCUAAUUGAAAACGAAGGUGGACUGGAACACCAGCGGUCACUAAAUCGGUCUUCUUCUUCAUCGUCCCUUCAUUCCUUGGGUGGAGGUAGCAAUAAAAAGUUAGCUAUUCUUGGAGAUGCACCGCCGCCUGGUCGUCCAAGCUGUAUGGCUGGAACGUCGUCAUCUUCUGGACAGAAGAGGGUAAAAUUUCAGUCGGACACCAAUUCAGUAGUGGGAAAAGAAGUUAUCGAGGCUGGAACAAUAAGUACUCCUGCAAUCUCGACUAAUCCCCUUCCUGAGGGAUCAAACGUCGGACAAGAAAAUAAUUCAUGUUACGACAACAUCUACUUUGACUCUGAUGAAAGUGAUGGAGAGAAUGAAGAUUUGCAAAAACACCGCAAAGCAAAGAGAAAGCUCUUGUCAAAUGACGAGCUGUUCUAUGACCCAGACUCCGACGUUGCUGAUCAAGCUUGGGUGGAUAAGCAACGACGUCGCUACUGCAGGCCUGUACCUGGAAAGAAACCACCCAAAGGGUCAGUAAAUUCAGCGACGGCGACUAAUACCGCUACUUCUGCAACAUCCUCGUCAUCAUCAUCAGCUACAAAAGCCAAUUCUACCAGCGCCAGUGCCACACCUUUGGAGGAAACCUCAGCUUCAGAAACACCAACUACCACUGAGGUUCCACUUCCUAGUACAGAUGCUGUUUUAAAUUGUCCAGCUUGCUUUACCGUGUUAUGCAUGGAUUGUCAAAGACACGAGUUUUAUUCAGGCCAGUUUAGAGCAAUGUUUGCAAUGAAUUGCAAAAUCGAUCGUAGUGAAACGUUAACUGUUCCAUUAAAAAUUAGCAAGUCCAAGGGGAAGAGGGAUAGGAAAAAGGGUUUGCCUGCAGAGGAAACAAUGUCCAAUGUUCCAAGUUCAGACUCGGACAAGUUUUUUCCUGUGCGGUGUAGGGUGUGCAAUUCUCAGGUAGCUGUUUAUGAUUCUGAGGAAAUUUAUCAUUUUUUCAACUGCUUGGCUUCCCAUCCUUGAUUAAUGGACUAACGUAUAGGAUAAUAUGCAAUUUUUGUAUUUUCAGUUACAUUGGUAUAUGAUUAAAGUAUGAAUAUUAAAGAUUAAAUAACGCAAAC